AUGAGAAAGGUGAACCGCGGGAGCACGACUAGCGGCUUUGCCUGUGGGCUUGCUGCGCCGGUGGGACUGCAUCAGCCGCGGCGCUGGUACUUCAUGUCCGCGGCGGCACCGCGGGCGACGGAGGACAUGCGCAUCUACAAGUCGAAGCUGCCGUCGGUGAUGGACAAGGUGAACCAAGAGACGACGCUGUACGGGUAUCUGAUGAAGCGCAUGGCGGCGGCGGACCCGAAGAAAAUCGCUGCGGUGCAGGCGGAGACGGGUAAGACACUCACGUACCCGGAGCUGAUGAAGGCGACGGAGCACGCGGCGAAAGCACUGUACCAGCAUGGCGUGCGGAAGGGCGACGUUGUGUGCCUGUGCAUGCUGAACACGGUCGUGUACGGCCCGCUGGUGUACGGCACGCUGCGCCUCGGCGCGAUCGCGUCGACGGUGAACGCCGUGGCGACAGCGUCGACGCUGGCGUACCACUUCAAGGUGAACGGUGCGAAGGUGGUGCUGGGCAUGCACUUCUUUCAGAAGCAGCUCGCGGAGGCCGUGGCGCUGGUAGAGCAGGAGACCGGGCGGAAGGUCCAGGUGCUGUACCCGGAGGAGUUCUUCAAGACAGACGCUCCCGAGAUCCCUGCGGACUACGACGGGCUGAAGGGGGCCACACCGAACGACACCGUGGCCAUCCUCUUCUCGAGCGGCACGACCGGCAUGCCGAAGGGUGUGCAGCUGACGAACCGUGCGCUCAUUGCGUGCUCGGAGCAGUCCGCCGGAGCGUUCGGCGUUGGCUCGCAGGACACCGCCGUGACCGUUCUUCCGCUGUUUCACGUCUUCGGGUUCACGGCGUGCAUGAACUGCAUGUUCGCCUACGCUGCGACGCAGGUGGUGAUGUCCAAGUACUCGGUCGAGGACUACGUGCGCGCGAUUGAGAAAUACAAGGCAACGGUCAACCUCGUCGCCCCGCCGAUCCUCAUCUCGCUGCUCAAGAACGCGGACAAGGUGAAGCGGCACGACCUGUCGUCGCUCAAGCGCUUCUGCUCCUCGUCGGCGCCGCUUGGAGCGGACGUGGUGAACACGGUGGAGCAGCUGAUCCCUGGCUGCGCUGUAACCCAGGGCUACGGCAUGACGGAGAUGGCGCCGACUGUGACGGCACCGCUGUCGGGCCAACGGUGCACACCAGGCUGCUGCGGUGUGCUUGUGGCGGACACGGAGCUGCGCAUCGUGAAGGUGGACGACAGCCAGCAGAGCGGCUCAGACAAGUCUUCCGGCAUCGACGCAGAGCCCGGCGCGGAGGGUGAGGUGUGGGUGCGUGGGCCGCAGAUGAUGAAGGGCUAUUUGCGCGAUGAGGACACGAUCAUGUGCAUGCAGGACGGCUGGUACCGCACUGGCGACAUCGGCAAGUUCGACGCUGAGGCCGGCGAGCUCGUCAUCACGGACCGGCUGAAGGAGCUGAUCAAGUACAAGGGCUUUCAGGUGUCGCCGGCUUCCCUGGAGGCGCUCUUGCUGACGCACCCGUGGGUGAAGGACUGCGUGGUGAUUGGCGUGCCGGACCCGCGCGACGUGAGCUUCGAGAACCCGCGUGCGCUCGUCGUGUUGGAGCCCUCUGUGUCCCCAGAGGACGCCGUCCGUGCGUCGGACGAGCUGUACCGCUUCGCGAUGAUAAGCAUGCCCCCGCACAAGCGGCUGCACGGCGGUGUGCGCGUCGUGGACGAGAUUCCUCGCAACGCCGCUGGCAAGGUGAUGCGGCGUCAGGUGCGCCAGGAUGAGGUAGCGCUGCUGAAGGGGCAGAACGGCGAUAGCGCUGCACCAGAGACUAACAGGCAAGGUACCACUACUACUACCGCUGCAGCUGCCUAG